ACGUUUUUAGAGCUAAGUUGUACCUUGUAGCUGCACAUGAUUUUCAGCAAAGCUUUAGUUUUUCCUGAUGUUUCUAAAUUGGCCUCGUUUUCACCCCUUGCAGUGCUUAUCUCCAACAUUUCCUCCAUUUCUUUCCAACUGUGCCUCAUAUUAUACCAAGUCCCCUGUCCCCACAGACUCUGGACUUCUUAUCCCAUUCUGGACUGGUUUCUCUCUAGGUCUGCUGCAUGCCCAGCUGGGAUCCUUGGAUUCCCUUCCCUCUGGGUUGAUGUUCCUGAUUUCUGGAUCCCAUGUCUAUCUCUCUCGUGGGUAUCCUUUAUCUUCCUCCGUAAUUAUACAAACACACCACCUGUUGUUUUUUUUUCCUGCAACUCAUUCUCAAGUAGCUUUCUGAAAAGUCUGGUGAAGAAUGAAGGCUGCUGUGAAUAUGGGAUGGGCCGUGGUGUUGGUAAACUUGUCCCUUGCUCUCCCCUCAGCCUCCCUCUCAUCUUGAUCCCUCUCUGGGACUCUGCCCAACAGACCGUUCUUCUCUCCUGUCAGCUGUGUCUCUAGGUAUGAAUAUAUUUUAGGUGCUAAUGCCUUGUGGUCUAGCCUAGAUAGCUAUAUCCUAGAUCCUAUAACCCAUAUCCUAGAUAGGUAUCUAGCUACACCCUAUUCAUAGGUAUAGUUUAAGGAGACAGUCUCAAAUGUAGUUUUAUACAAGGAGAAUGUUCUUUACACUAUUAUUUGCAUAAGGAAUUAGAAACCACCUAAAGUCCAGUAGUCAGGGGAGGACAGCAGAGCGGAUGGGGCACCAUCAAGGUCCUCAGCUGCCCAGGGCAGGGAUAUAAGAAUUGAGCUGGGGACGAUGGAACUCCAGGCCUUUGUGGGAUACAGGCUCUUGCAGAAACAAGGAGAGUGUGGGCUCUGGGACCUGUGUCACCAGGAACUUUAUCAAGGCAAAGAGUUAAGCAUGGGGAGCAAGACAUUAUUUGGGAUGAAAGCACUCAUUUAACUGAUACACAUAUAUCCACAAAUAAAUAUUUUUGUAUAUUAAAGGGAGUAGAGGACGGUCAUCACAAACCUGGGAUUUGGAUCAGAAAGACUGGGUUCAAGGCCAGGUUCUGGAAUCAGCUUGAAAACUUAGGCUGUUGUAAGUUCAAGUGAGCUUCAGGAGCCUGCACAUCAUAGACAAUGGAUCAAUAUUAGUUAUUACCAAUUAGUAAACACAAAUGUUCCCAGCUUCACCUAAUUUCCAGAUUGUUCCCUCCUGUCUGUUCUUGUCUCUGGUUUUAUUGCUCCUAUAACUUUGCAGAUGGGUGUCGUCUGUCUGAUGACCUUCUCCUUGUGCCCCAACAGGAGAGCAGGACUCUGACUUGGGGGGAGAUGAGUAACUUUCCUUAACUAGUGACCUGCAGAGCCCAGGGGACAGAGAACGACAGUGGGGUGAAGCCACACCUCCUUCCAGCCUGACGGAAACAAGGAUCUGAAGGGAAAUCUCUGAGACCCCGCUGCUGCCACCAUGAGCUCAGAAAACUUUGGAAAAUGCUCAGAUAUUGAGAUCUUUUUUGAGGAUGUCGUUGAGUGUCUCUGGGACAUACUGAGCAGGGAGGAACUGCUUCUCCUGCUGACUGAAUUCCUGAGGAAAAUUGAGGCGAAGGCUGGUUUGUCCAGGAAAGACGAGGCUGCACUACACAAAUAUCUAAAUGAAUUGAAAGGAGACUUGAUAGAGAAGGACCAGGAAACGCUCACAAAAGAGGAGCUGGACAGGAGGAGGUUUCUGAAGAAGUUUCCUCGGGUGAAGCAGCAGCUGGAGGAGCGCAUAGGAAAGCUCCACGAGCUCGCAGACAAGGUUGACAAGGACCACAAGGAGUCUACCAUCUUCAAAGUGAUGGCCCACACCACUGGCGUUGCAUCUGGCGCCCUGACCCUCCUUGGCCUGGCUCUGGCACCCGUGACAGGGGGGGGCAGUCUGGCACUCUCGGCCGCUGGGUUCGGGCUCGGAGCAGCAGCUGCUGGGGUAACUGUGUCCACCAGCUACAAGGAAAACGCAAGCAGGUCAGCAGCUGAAACUGAAGCCAAUAGCCUGAUGGCAACUGGGGUCAAGAAAUGGAAGGUGCUCCUAAAGGUACUCAGGAGCAACUCCCGAAUUAGAUCAAUAGAGAAAUUGGCAAAAGCUGUGCGACAGAUUCAAAAAAAUAUACGUGCCAUGGAAACAGGCAAAGACAACCCUGAAUUUGCAACCAAUGUAAGCGACUACUUGGGCCCUGGGAAAAUCAUAGUCCCAGGCGCCCGGCUGGUAAAGAAGGCCUGUUCCGUUACCAUGGCUCCGGCAGCUGUCACAGGGGCCCGGAUUGUGGGUGCAGCCACCGCAGGUGUCUUUCUCCUGGUGGAUGUGGGCUUCCUAGUGAGGGAGUCAAUGCACUUGCAUGAUGGUGCAAAGGCAGAGUCUGCUGAAAACCUGAGGCAGCAGGCCAGGGAGCUGGAGAGGAAUUUGCAGGAGCUCAACAAUAUGUAUGAACUUCUGCAGUAGGGCCUGACUCAGCCACUCCCAGAGCAGUGCAUGGAUCAGGAUACACAUGGGUCGAGGUGCAGAGGUACCUUGUUAGAGAAAAAAAGGAGAGGGACAGAAAAUUUUUGGAGCUGAGUAUCAGGAAUUUGGGGUUUCUGCACCUGAGCACAGCAGGCGAGGGAUGGAUGUUGGUGACCACUCAGGGAGAGUGAAGGAAGGAGCCUGGAGCCUGGAUUGAGGGAAGACGGGGAACUAGAGAAGGGUUGGGGGUUGGGGGAGAGAAACCACUUUUUCCCUUCAUACUAUGAAAUUUUACUUUGUUUUGAGGAAUAGCCGAUUAACAAUGUUGUGAAACAAAAUAGCUUCAGGUGAUCAGUGAAGGGACUCAGCCAUACAUCUACAUGUAUCCAUUCUCCCCUCAAACCCCCUCCCAUCAGAAACCACUUAUUUUGAACUAAAGAAGUCACUGGGGGCAGAAUAAAGGGAGAGGCAGGGGAACUAGCAAUGAAAGACCAGGAAUAUGAAUGGGUUGAAAAUGAGAGAAAGUCAAAGAGUUAGGAUUGUUGGAAUCCAGGAGAAGUAGCAGGGGCUCCACUAGCACCCUCACCAAGGUCUGAUGCCCCAGCAAAGAGAGUCUCCCCCUGUUGGUGGUCUCUAGCCCUACUUCUUCAGCAUCAACUCACCUUUGAUCCCAGCAGCUUAUCUUAAUUAUUAAUUAGCCAGUGACUUCUUUUGCUUGCUUGUUUCUUUAACGGAAGUACAGUUGAUUUACAAUAUUGUAUUAGUUUCAGAUAUACAGCAAAAUGUUUCAGUUAUCACGUAUUCUGUAUAUAUCUGUUCUUUUUAAUUUUUUCAUUACAGAUUAUUACAAGGUACUGAAUGUUUUCCCCUGUACUAUACAUUAAGUUAUUGGGGUUUUUUUUUAAUCUAUUUAUGUACGGUAAUGUGUGUCUUUUAAUCCCACACUCCUGAUUUACCCCUCUGCCCCUUUGGUAACAAUAAAUUUGUUUUCUGUGA